AUGGGCGUGAAAGAUUUGUGGAAUCUACUUACUCCACACAUGGAGCGGAAGCCCUUGUUUGAACUAAGCAACAAAGUGGUCGCGAUCGAUCUCUCCGGUUGGGUGUGCGAAAGUUUGAACGUUGUAGAUUAUUUCGUUCAUCCCCGGUUCUAUCUGCGGAAUUUAUUCUUCCGGACCUGCUAUCUCCUACAAACGGGAAUAACGCCCGUAUUCGUACUUGAAGGUGCAGCACCGCCGCUCAAGUACGGCGUCAUCGUGAAGCGCAAUCAACUUCAGUUCCGCGGAGUACGCCCCAAAAAGGUUGCCAAUUGUGAUAAAGCGGGUGCAACAGCGGCAGCGGUGGAGAAAGCCUCAUCCAAACCUACGGAACAGAAACGUAACCGGUUCCACCAUGUACUGAAACAAUGCGAGGAGCUGCUGAGCGCGAUGGGACUUGUUUGUGUCCAGGCACCGGGUGAAGCAGAAGCCCUUUGCGCGUAUCUCAAUCGGGACGCGCUCAUCGAUGGUGUCAUUAGUCAGGAUUCUGAUUGUUUCGCGUACGGGGCCGUACGUGUGUUUCGCAACUUUUGUGCUUCCCAGAAUGGCGGUUCGGUGGACGUGUACGAUCUGGAACGUGCAAACAGCGCUGGAUUGCGUUUGGGACAGGAGAAAAUCGUUGCCAUGGCUCUCCUGUCCGGCUGUGACUAUUGCCCCGCAGGUGUAGCUGGUGUGGGCAGGGAAAUGGUCACUCGGUUGUUGAACUGCUACGACAAUCAAACGAUAUUACAGCGCAUCAGAUCGUGGCGCAAUACGGCUCAUAGGUUGACCGAGUUGGAGGUAAAGGUGGACGACAAAAAUGUUUGUCCAGAUUGUGGCCACAUUGGCAAGUUGAUGCAACAUCGCAAAGCCGGUUGUCUGGAUUGUCAUCGGUCGAUCGGAUGCGAUGAAUCCAAAUGGAAGCAACAACGUGCCAAUGUGAAGGCAGAACUGGAAAUCAAACGAAAGGCGCUGAAAGAUCCCGAUUUUCCGCACGAGCCUAUCAUUGAGGAAUUCAUGACACGGCCAUGUGAACUGCCGGCACUAGAUUUACAGUGGAAACAACCAAAUCUCGUGAAAUUUAUCAGAAGCAUGUCAUCGUACUUGCAGUGGAAUGAGCUCUACUGCUUUCAGAAGCUGCUUCCCCUUUUUACGCGGUGGCAAAUUCAAUCGGCCCAAAAUUCAUCCUCACCGACACAGUCCAAUAUCUUCCUUACGCCCGAUUACAUAAAGAAAAAACGUUCGCCCAAGGGUAUCGCAAGUUAUGAAAUCGUUUGGAAAGACGCGCUGGCGCUGUUUAAGGGGCUUAUACCGCAGGAACAAAUCGAUGCAUACGUAGGCGAGGCAGGGAACAGCAUCGAGAGUCUCUGGAGCACAAUCGAACCUCAUGAACUGGUGCUGAAUGCAUAUCCCGAUCUUGUCGACAAGUUCCUACAGUCCAAGGUAAAAGGAAAGCGCAAAAAAGCUCCAUCGAAAACCACUUCUCAGCCGCAGGAAUCGGGAAGCGAUAAACCGAAAAGAAAACCUUCAACGAGAGCGAAAAAGAAAGAUAAUGAUAAGAAUACGCAAACACUAUACGAUGCCUUUGUGCACAAACCUGCCGAGCUACAGCAAGAAGAUGAUGCGUGCGAUGAAAAGGAAAAUCAAGCAAAUCUACCCAACGAACUGUCGCCGCACGGUAUUGAUCAUUUGCUUAAUUUCACGGCCGAACUUGAAGCUAUUGCGGAGGAUCAAACUGCAAAUGAUACCUUCAACUCUUCCGCCUUGAUCGAGCGAUUGUGUCGCCCGAACUAUCUCCAAUUAGCUCUGGCCGAGUACAUGGAGCUGAUUGAGAUGGAAAAGAGAAAGGAAGCAUUGGAAGAUUUGCUUUCCAACACCAUGCCGCAUGCCCACAUGGACGUAGCGGAAAAUGAAAUGGAGCAGCAGGAUGGUAGCACGGUCCAUCGCCGCAUAGUCUUAAAGCAAGAUAUUCUAAACGCAUCGUCGUUGGUUGAUAGUAAUCAUCUCGAUCAAUCGUUAGCAGUAUCCAGGAAGACCAAACGGAAAAGUUUCUUCUUUGAACCAAUUAUUGUGCCCUGCGACGGAGAUGCGGAACAACCAUAUGGAAGUCCCGAAAUGGAUAUGUUUGAAUGUUCGCUUAUGCUCAAAGAUCAGAUUGUUAUCGAGCAUCAAGCGACCGAUGGUAACGAUACGGCAAAUCAAACGAUCAUCUACGAUAUCGAUUUCUAAAA